AUGUCUCGCCCUUCAAAAGUUAUCUUAACAUCUACCGGACAGGUCAUUAAAAGAGGCUUCAGCACACACAAAGACAUCAAGUUUGGUAUUGAUGGCCGUGCAGCAAUGGCCAAAGGAAUCGACAUUUUGGCAAAUGCCGUCGCGGUUACGCUCGGUCCAAAGGGCCGAAAUGUAAUCAUCGAGCAACCCUAUGGUGCACCCAAAAUUACCAAAGAUGGUGUCACUGUAGCCAAGGCUGUUGUACUUCAAGACAAGUUUGAAAAUCUCGGCGCAAAGUUGGUUCAAGAUGUGGCUAAUAAAACCAAUGAGAUAGCCGGAGACGGUACAACGACUGCAACCGUCCUUGCUCGAGCAAUAUUUACAGAAGGCUUAAAGUCCAUGUAUUAUGGAGUUAAUCCAUCUGAGCUCAGAAAGGGUGUUCAAAUUGCCGUCAAUGAGGUAAUCGAGUUCUUAAAGAAAAACUCCACCAAAAUCACCACCAGUGAGCAGAUUUCUCAAGUUGCCACGAUUUCUGCAAACGGAGAUCAACAUGUUGGCAAGCUUAUUUCAACGGCCAUGUCAAAGGUUGGAAAGGAAGGUGUGAUCACCGUUCAAGAUGGCAAAAUAAUGGAAGAUGAGUUAAUUGUAACGGAAGGCAUGCAGUUUGAUCGUGGAUUUAUCUCUCCUUAUUUUGUGAAUGAAGCCAAGUCCCAAAAGGUUUACUUGGAAAAUCCAUAUAUUUUGCUUUGCGAGAAAAAGAUUUCUUUAUUCCAAGACAUAUUUCCUAGUCUGGAAAAAGCUGCUCGUGAACGACGUCCUUUGCUGAUCAUUGCAGAGGACAUUGAUGGGGAUGCUCUUGCUGGACUGAUAAUCAACAAGAUACAAUCAAAGGUAUCCGUAUGUGCCGUAAAGGCUCCGGGAUUUGGUGACAACCGCAAAGCCAUCUUGGAAGACAUUGCCGUGCUUACCGGUGGCGCCGUGUUUAAUGAUGAAUACUAUUCCAAGCUCCAAGAUGCAGACACCUCUUAUUUUGGAAGUGCAAAAUCAGUGACCAUUACCAAGGAUAAUACCAUUCUUCUCAAUGGGGGAGGAGUUCAUGAGCACAUUCACGAACGCUGCGAGAUGAUCCGUGAUUCAAUUUCAAAAACCACCUCGGACUAUGAAAAAGAAAAGCUUCAAGAAAGACUUGCCAAAAUUAGCGGUGGCGUUGCUGUUAUCAAAGUUGGCGGUUGCUCUGAGGUUGAGGUUGGUGAAAAAAAAGACCGAGUUGUGGAUGCACUUAACGCCACAAGGGCUGCCGUUGAGGAAGGAUUUAUACCUGGUGGUGGUUCCGCUCUCAUCAAAGCUGUUCCUAUUCUCAGGCAGCUGGUGGCCAAUGAGAAGAAUGCGUCGAUUGCGAUUGGCAUUCGUAUCAUUAUUGAAGCCAUUCAGGUUCCUCUGCGUACCAUUAUUAACAAUGCCGGCGGACAUGGCUCUGAUGUCGCUGCAGAGUUAUUAAAGUGCUCGGAUGACUUUUCUUAUGGGUAUGAUGCUUCAACAGCAAAAUAUGUCAAUAUGUUGGAGCAAGGCAUUAUCGACCCGCUGAAGGUUGUGCGCACUGCUCUUAAUGAUGCCGCAGGUGUUGCCUCCCUAUUGACAACUACGGAUGCUAUGAUUGUAGAUGCUCCGGUUUCAGAGCCCUCAGGUAGAAUGGGCGGUAUGGGUGGCAUGGGUGGCAUGGGUGGCAUGGG